AUGACCAAGCGAAAUGAAUCCGCGACCGGAGGCUUCUCGCAUUGUUCUCUGCUGGCAAACGUAGAUGGGUACAAUCCAGACACGCUGGAUCUUUAUCAGGAUCCAGAAGCAAACCAAUAUUGGUUCGCUUGCUUCACGGAAAUGGUAAUCAAAUUCGAACGCCAAGCAUACCUAAGUCAGCCAGAAGAUGCCAGCGCGAAAGCUCGCGCACAGUCUUUCCGCGAAUUUUGUGUGAAGACGUUCAGCGAACUCCAGGAUGGAAAACGAGAAUCCACAACGCUAGGAAUAAGAAAUCUUCUGGAGGUGAUUGAAAGUGCCCUAAAAAAGUACGGGUUUGAUGAUCCAUGGAAAGAACAGAAGACCAUCGAAAACAAAGCAUCACUGGGGUUACUAAAGCAUCGGCUUGAUCAACUAGACAAUAUAGUUUGUGAGCGAGAAAAGUGGAUGGAAAUCGUGCGCGGAGUAUUAGCAGGUAAUAUGUUCGAUUGGGGUGCGCAGGCUGUGACAAAAAUUCUAGAAGCAAAUAAUGGUUUUGGGCUUCAGCAGGCGCUUGACCGAAUACAAAAAAGACCAUGGCUUAUCGAUGAUCUGGAUGCAUGGCUGGCAAGGGUAGAGCAUGAGUCCUCUCACAGAUGUGCUAUGAUAUUUACCGAUAAUGCCGGCAUAGAUUUCGUAUUGGGUAUUGUACCGUUAGCCCGCGAACUUUUGAAGCGGAAAACAAAAGUUCUUUUGUGUGCAACGAUCAACCCAGCAAUAAACGAUAUUACUUUUUCUGAGUUAAGUUCGACCAUCGCUGCAUGCUGCGAAGAGUGUGAAAUCCUGCGAAACGCCUUUCGUGAAGAACGUCAGCUGUUGCUGUUUGGAAACGAUCAAAUUGGACCUUGCCUCGACUUUCGGAUGCUUUCCAGCGACAUCUGUAUAGCUAUCGAGCAACAUAACGUUGACCUAUUAAUAAUCGUUGGAAUGGCCCGUGCGUUGCAUACUAAUCUGUACGCCAAAUUUGAAUGCGAAACGUUUAAGCUGGCUGUAGUGAAAAACGAAUGGUUAGCGAAACGGUUAGGCGGAGAUACGUUUUCUGUAGUAUGUAAAUAUGAAAGGUAA